UGGCACCGUUGUCUAGGUAGUUGCCAUAUCGCCAGUUUCCGUCAGUUACGAACUUGCCAUGUGUAGCAUUACGUGUCUUUUGGCGUCCUAGAGCUGAGCUGGCCUUUGCAAAUAUCGAACAGGGGGUGUACAACAAAACGUUCAUAUUUGCAACAGCGUUCCUCAGACUGCACGAGAACAAGUUUGGUGAAGGAUGUCCCUCUACCCAAGCUUGCCCGAGGACUCCCCAACGCCUAAUUAUGCCAAGCUUGCAGAGAACCCACACUCCCUCCUUCCUGCGUGCUCGGUGUGUCUAGAUGAAUUCUGUGAGAAGCGCCCCCCAAAGUACCUGUCCUGCCAUCAUACCUUCUGCGAAGAGUGCAUUCAUCAACUACUGCGCGGUGGGAAGGUGGAAUGCCCGCUGUGUCGCAAGGUGACGCGGACGACGUCUACCAACAAGUUGCAGACUAAUAAUGACGUGCUAACUAUGGUCAAAUACGGGGAUAUUGUCAGUAGUCUAUGGUGCCACGACUGCCAGAGUGUCCCUAAGCCCAGCUGUGCAGCACAUCGCGUCGACAACCGAUCACCAGCCUCUGCAGUGACGAUAGGACAGCAGCUGGACAGCACGCUAGAAUCGUGGAAACCAACUUUCACAAGGGUGGUGGAAACCGCACAUGGCUGGUCCGUGGUGGCAGUCGACGCCACCUACUCCACCGCCGUGUCCAUCAGUGACAUGGUGACUCCUAUCGUGACCUACGUCUUUGACCGGAUCAGCUGCUUUAUCAAUUCAUGAUCAAGAAGUUUGAUUUUAUAAUUGGUCUGUGUGUGCGUUCGUUCGUUCGUGUUAUUUACUCUGGAUAUGUUACUCUGUUACUUCAUAUGUUUUCUGUGAAUGUGUUAGUUAAAUAUUAAGCAUAGCUAUUUUCCAGCUUCUAAAGCUGAAUAUGUCAUAUUUAGUCUUUUAAGCAUAGCUAUUUUCCAGGUUCUAAAGCUGAAGAUGUCAUCUUUAGUCUUUUGUAAGUGAAAAGUGUAUAGGUAGUGUUCGUUAUAUCACAACUGAAGAUCAUGCAUUGUGUAUGUAAUAUAGAAUAAUCCUGUGAAUAAAGGAAAAAAAAAAGUU